AUGGCCAACCCGGUUGCCCUCGCCCAAAGUGACUUGUACAAGCAUGCGCUGUUCGAUUUUACUCUCAGCAAAGCAGAGCGUCUAGAACUCAGCCAUGCACGAAGCAAAGCGCUCGUAAUGUCCUUCGGCUACACUGCUGAGGAUAUUUUCGCCUGUUCUGAAAAGUUCUGGAACUCGGGACUUUGCCCGUUGAAUAUUCUGGAUGUCGGCGCUUUUGCUUUAGCUACCAUACAAGUGAAUCUCGCUGUUGGAACACUGGCUGAACACGUCCAUCGCCCCGAGAUAGCCGAAUUGUGCCGCAAGCUGCUUGCUUUCGAAAUCUCCGGCCAUUAUAUGCUCACAGAGGUUAAUCAUGGUCUAGACUCGCAGAAUAUCGAGACCACUGCGACAUUACUCGACGAUGGGGGCUUUGAAUUACACACUCCCCAUGCAGGAGCCGGCAAAUUUAUGCCAGCGAGUGUUCCCGCUGGUGGGAUACCCAGGAUGACUAUUGUGCUAGCAAGGCUCAUCGGAAAAACCGGGUCAUUUAUGGGUAUCCGACCUUUUGCGGUAGACUUGAAUGAUGGUAAAACUAUGAAGCCGGGUGUUUCUUGUCGUGUCCUGCCCGACAAGACUGGUACUCGACCUGUUGGGCACGCGAUCACCUACUUCGAUCGCGUAAAACUUCCCGCAACCGCCCUCAUUUCCGAUUUGGACGCCAAGACUCCACCCCGCACUCGGUUUCUGCUGAGCAUCUGGCGUCUAGGUAUCGGUUCAGUUUUCAUCACGGGCAUGGUCGUUCCCGCUCUCCGCAUCGCGGCCCAUAUCGCCGCAAAGUAUGCGGCCCAAAGAAUGGUCACCAACUCAGCGGGAGAGACAGCGCCUAUCUUAUCAUUUAGAACGACACAGGCUCCAAUUCUCCAGGCGCUAGCGCAGGCUGCCGUUAUCGAGGCAUUCUAUAAAGAGAUUCGGCCUUACUAUUCUCUUCCAGACAACAGUCGGCUGGCCCAUGUACUGAACGACCGAAAUGGCAUUACCGGCGUGUUCAAGACCAUUGCUAUCCAUUGCUGGCGCGAGACUAGUGUCACCCUAACGGAUCGCCUUGGUGCGCGUGGGCUGUUCAACGAGAGUCAAGUCAUGUCGAUGGAUAUGGAACUCCGUGGCGUGACAAUCGCGGAAGGGGACAUUCUUGUUCUGUGCAUUCGUCUUGCGAGCGAACUGCUCAUUGGCCGAUAUGGUCUUCCUUCGGCAAGAUACCCCAACACACUGCUCGCCAAGUAUGAGCGCGGCAUUUUUGAAGAAAUGCGAACAGUUUUCCAGUCGAUCGGUGGCGACCACCGCUCACAAGAAUUCAACCAACUUCUCUUGCCGCGCUGUGUACCUUUGAUCACUGCUAUUGGUUAUCGCAUGGCAUUCGAGGCAGCUAUUGACGCCCACGUCCAACCGGAGCUGGUUCGACUCUUCGAAGCUGGAGCGAUUCUUCGGAACGUUGCAUGGUAUAUCGAGAAUGGAUUGGUCACCCGAAAGGCUGCCAUGGCAAAGGAGGUUGUUGCACUCAACGAGGCCUUCGCCAUCCUUGAUAUGGUGUUAGCCGAGAAUGGAUGCGAGCCUUUUAUUUAUGCGCCGAUCAUGUCGUCCUCCGCCUGGGAGAACUGGGUUGAGACAUUGCCGCUGUAUGCUUCGAAACUUUGA